CUGGGACCAGACAGUAUGGGGUUAAAAAGCUCCUACUGGCUUCUGACAUCUUUCUUGGUGAGCGGAACCUUUGCCAGGGAGACCAGCUCUGAGCCUGCUAGCCCAGACACAUCUCUCAGGCCUGUCCUGACCAUAAUGGAGGACGAGAGGCAGACCAUGACCGAGGGUCAAUACAAAUGUCUUGAACUGUUCAGCCGAGAUCAGCAGCACAACAGAACAGGUGUGUUCUGUAGCCGUAUGUGGGAUGGCUUUCUGUGUUGGGAUGAGACUCCGGUGGGGACCUACGCCACACAGAACUGCCCAGACUACCCUGGCCUGGACAUCUCUGGAAAAGUGUCAAAAUAUUGUGAUGAAUCUGGUAAUUGGGUCCAAAGUCCCUCCAUUAAUAGGACCUGGUCCAAAUGUCUGACGCUCUCCAAGGACAAAUUAAAGAAUGUGACUCUCCAUGGUCUGCUAGAGCCAGGGUCUGUGGAGCCCACUGUGGAGACUCCAUUCAGCCAGAAUGUGACUCUCCAUGGUCUGCUAGAGCCAGGGUCGGUGGAGCCCACUGUGGAGACUCCAUUCAGCCAGAAUGUGACUCUCCAUGGUCUGCUAGAGCCAGGGUCGGUGGAGCCCACUGUGGAGACUCCAUUCAGCCAGAAUGUGACUCCCCAUGGUCUGCUAGAGCCAGGGUCUGUGGAGCCCACUGUGGAGACUCCAGUCAGCCCCAGGGUCAGUCAGGAGGAGGAGGAGAGGAAGAAGAUCAUCGACGGUCAAUACAAAUGCUUUGAGAAGAUGAACAGAGACCAGCCGUAUAACAAAUCAGGGCUGUACUGUAACCGGACCUGGGAUGGCUGGCUGUGCUGGGAUGAUACACCUGCUGGGACAGUCACCUGGCAGAACUGCCCAAACUAUUUCCGUGACUUCGACUCCACAGAAAAAGCUACAAAGACCUGUAGCGAAUCAGGACAGUGGUUCCGCCACCCAGAUUCCAAUAGGACGUGGUCCAACUACACGCUGUGUAACUUCCACACUACUGGCAAGCUGAAGAUGGCCUAUAUCCUGUACUACAUGGCGAUUGUGGGUCAUGCCUUAUCCAUAGCCUCCCUCCUGAUCUCUCUGGCUAUAUUCUUCUACUUCAGGAACCUGAGCUGCCAAAGGAUCACGCUUCAUAAGAACCUCUUCGUUUCCUAUGUCCUCAACUCCGCCCUUACCCUCAUCUACCUCAUAGCAGUGGUCAACAACACAGAUGUAGUGGAGAGAAAUCCAGUUGGCUGUAAGGUGUUGCACUUCUUCCACAUGUACAUGUUGGGCUGUAACUACUUCUGGAUGCUGUGUGAGGGGAUCUAUCUGCACACGCUCAUUGUGGUGGCUGUGUUCGCCGAGGAGCAGCACCUACACUGGUACUACCUCCUAGGCUGGGGGUUUCCCUUAGUGCCUGCAUCCAUUCAUGCCGUGGCAAGGAAGAAGUAUUUUGAUGACAACUGCUGGAUGAGUGUCGAGACCCACCUGCUCUACGUGGUCCACGGGCCCAUCAUGGCAGCACUGCUCGUGAAUCUGUUCUUCUUGCUGAACAUCGUGAGGGUGCUGGUUACUAAGCUGAGGGACACCCACCGGGCAGAGUCUAACAUGUACAUGAAGGCAGUGAGAGCUACCCUGAUCCUGGUCCCUCUCCUGGGCAUCCAGUUUGUCAUCUUCCCCUGGAGGCCAGAGAACCGCCUGGCGGGGGAGGUCUACGACUACAUCAUGCACAUACUAAUGCAUUACCAGGGAUUACUAGUGGCAACGAUAUUCUGCUUUUUCAAUGGCGAGGUGCAGGCGGCUCUGAAGCGACAAUGGAUUCAGUACAAGGCCCAGUGGGGUCAGCGACGGAGGGACCACUGCUCUAUGCGCUCUACCUCCUACACCGCCACAUCAAUCACUGAGGUUCCCGCCUUCAUGUACCACCACGAAUGCAACAGCGAACACUUAAACGGCAGACACACCUCUGAGGACUCUGAGCUGGUGGCUCUUAAGACAGGGGAGAUGUACGCCUGACAAGCGGGAGGCAGUCUGAGUGUGGGAGGAGAAAAGAGUUAGUAGAGGAAUCAAGAUGGAGACGUUUCUCUACUAUCUAACACGAAACAACCCAGCGGUCCCGCCGCGUUUCCACAUCUCAGAGACAGAACGAGGGGGUAAGCCCCAGACUGUGAAGGAGAAGACCGUGUGUGUCUGGACAGUGAUACAGUGAUACAGUAUCUCUCCCAUGACUUGGCCAACGAUGGCUGAUGCUUCUUUACAUGACAUUGCUGCUGCUGUGGCUGAUUUGAAAAACAUUAUAAGAUAUACAUGAAACGGGAGUCGAGUUUGAAAUGUGGCACGUCCUAAAGCUGCUAUUUGUGGCUGCUAUUUGUGGAGCUCUUCCUACACAUCAUGGGGACAUUGAGGAUGAUGUUGAUGAUGAUGAAACUGUAUUGUUGCUUCAUCUAUACCAAAGGAUGUGUGGGUUCGGCUGCCAUAGGCAUGCACUGCGUGAACUGAAUCCAACACUGAAGCGACCGACAGUGUCCAUGACACAUGAGCUCAAAGGUUGACAACGGCUCCCAGUACCUAAGCUCUGGAAUCCUGUACAUAUUUGUUUCACCAAUUUCACUUUAAAAGUGUCAAAGGGUGUUUUAGAAGAUUCUAUUUUUCGGACUAAAUGUUUUUGUUCUUGUCAACGACUUAUUCUUUAAAUACCUGCUAUCUGUCCUGUGAAGCUAGUUAGCUCCGCCAGACUGCUUUGCUGUUCGUAAAGCUGCUGACUGUUCUUGUGGUGUUUCCGUCACAAGGCCUGGAUUUAAAGAGUGCAGAAGAUACAGAACGCCUUGAUAUGGACUCAAAAGAGAGAGUAAAAAGGAUUGAUUAACUUAAAAUAAAAAGCAAGAUAUGGAAUGACAUAGGUAACGCAUUUAGAAGCCAUUUUGAGUACCACAUGGCUGUAGAGGGGAGACUAUUUCAGUGAAAUAGUCUGUUGUUUACCGUGUCCAUUUGCCAAAAGGUCUAAAGUGAAGCUUGUAUGGCUACCGAAGAAUCGUUAUGUUUUGUGCUUAAAUUAAGGCCAUUUGAAUUAUGUUCAAAUUUAUUUUCUUUUUCAAAUCGUUUAUGAAUCGAAAUACAGGGAAUAAGGAGAGAAAAUUAGUAAAUACAUUAAGGCUACCUGCACAGUGUUGCUAUAUCAACAAUUAUAAUUUUCAAUACAAUUAUCUAAAUUGAAAACAUGAUUACCUCGAAGAAGCAUUUUCCUUCCAUUGUACAGAAUCUGUUAAAUCGUUCUAACUGAGGGCUAUUUCAAACAACUCUCUUGUGGUGAAUACUACAGAAUAUGUAUUUUCAUUCACCUACAGAUGUAGGAUCUUCAUUUGAGCCAGUUUGCUACAACAGGAAAAUAAUCCUGCAGCAACAGGAAAUGUAAAUUUAUACAUGGAUUAUAAUGAAUAGACAUUUUUUUGUCAGGGUUGAUACAUUUUUUGCAAGGAUAAAUCAAGUCUGAAAUUUUGAAGUUGAAAUUACAAACUUCAGAAGCAUUGUGAAAAAUACAAUUUGAUUUGAUUUUAAACCCAAGGAAAGUUAAAAAUCAAAUUAAGAUCCUACAUCUGUAAUAUAUCAUGCCCUUAAAUUAUAAUGCUCUUGGAUCCUGAAUUAAAGUCUUUGAGGCAUUUCAGAAAGUGUCAUGUGGAAUCCUUUGCUCUUAGCUAAUCUGGUAGCGCAGGCUAAUUUCUAGGAGUGUGAUUUUGGUUUUGUGUCACAAAGGCUGUCUUUAGGAGUCAGGAAUAGAAACGCAAUCUCUUGUUUACCGUCACUGCUUGCAGGUGGUCUCCUCAACAAGCCCCUUCUGUUUCAUAGAAAUGUACAUUUUAACCUUCAAAUGUGUUCCUUUGUAAAUUGCACAACCAAAAUGGAUUUUUAGAAUGGACACUGAAAACCAUUGAAAUUGAAUGAAAUGGCUCAGCACACUGCUUUGUAUUGAGUUAAAAGAGAUAUGUGUGUGCGUGUGCGCUCGUUCAUGUGCGCGCGUGCGUGUUUGUGUGUGUGUGUUUAUCAGUGUGUAAAAUGCAGAUAGUGAUCCAUGAGCCUUGGGGCCUUCUGAUGUCCAGAUUAAUCCCAUCUUCACAUGGUUUUUAAAGAUAGACAUCUGCUAGGAUUUAAGUCCAGUGGCUCUCUGGAGCAGCCCUGAUCUGGAUAUAACGUAGCAGUAUGUUACUGUAGACAGGUACAGGUACUUCAGUACCGAUGACAACCAGGGGCCUCAUUUAUAUAAAGAUUUGUACGCACAGAUGUAAUCCUAAAUUGUGCAUACAAUGCCAUUUAUAAAUGAGGCCCCAGGUGCCCAGACUCAUUGCAGACUAGUCUGGACCUGAAUGCCGAAGACACAUUUUCUUUUGGGGACAAUACAGUUAAUUGUGCCAAUCUAAUUUAUUUUACAUCUUCAAAUUCUAUUAGGCCAAGAUAAAGUAAAUCUUUACACUUACGCUAAUGUUAAUACUGCUUCCAAUGUCUUUGCUGAUGUCGGGCCAGCAUGGAAGAUUUGAUACGGUGACGAUCAGUUUGAAAAGUUAGAAGAAGGCCAUUUGAUGAGGUCUCUAACAGCUAAUUCUGUCUGUUUGAUUCCAGAGAAGGAUUUAACCACUGUGAAGUGGAUUUAAAAAAGGUUUUGAUCCAUCCAUCUUUUGAGGUUUAUUUGUUCUGGAUAUGAAUAACAUGUUAAAGGUUUUUAUUUUAAUUUGGAGGAAAAUGAUCAUGUCUGUAUAUUUAGUAUGUUCAUGGUCAUGUUGUCCUGUGCCCAUGUCAACAUGACAGCAGAGUUUGUGUGUGUAAUAGCUGUGAAAUAUUUCAACCGCAGUUUUUGGUUAUUUUGUUUCGCUUGUGUUUGGCUCUCGACCUCUUAAGUGCUUUUUGUGGCGUUAUUUCAAAGAAAACAAAAACAGUGUUUUGUAAAAUGCACAAAGUGACCAGCUGUUUGUUUAAAAGCUAUUUCAAUCAGAAAUAUAUUCCUAAAAGAUU